AUGACUGCGCGUGGCACUGCUAGCCGCUUCCUGACCAGUGUCCUCCACAACGGCCUGGGUCGCUACGUGCAGCAGCUUCAGCGUCUCAGCUUUAACCUUAGCCGCGACUCGCCCUCAUCCCGCGGCGCCAGGGAAUUCAUAGAACGGGAGGUGACCGACUUCGCCCGGCGGAACCCAGGGGUCGUCAUCUACGUCAACGCGAAGCCGUGCAACGUUCCUAGAGUGGUGGCGGAAUACCUUAACGGGGCUGUGCGUGAGGAGAGCAUCCACUGCAAGUCAGCCGAAGAGAUCAGGGCGUUGGUGCAGAAGCUGGCGGCCCAGUCGGGCCUCGACGUGAUCCGCAUCCGCAAGCCCUUCCACACAGACAACCCUAGCAUCCAGGGCCAGUGGCAUCCCUUCACUAACAAAGCGGCAGUGCCCGGCGGGCUGCGCCCCCGAGAAGCCCAGGAGGUUGCCCGUGCCCAGGACACAGGGCUCUGGAGGCUGGCCAAGGUCUCGUCUGAUUUCAGGACCAUCCAGCACACUAGGCCAUGCAGAGGGCGGUGA